CAUUUGAAGUAGCCUACUGGAUUUCUGAAUCGUCAGAAUGACAAAAGAGGAGGAAAACCCUGAAUGGGUUGGUGGUCAGGAAUUUUAUGACAAAUAUGAACCAAAGGAGAUCUUAGGAAGAGGUGUGAGCAGUGUGGUUCGCCGAUGUGUGGACAAACGGACUUCCCAGGAAUAUGCAGUAAAGAUCAUAGACAUCACACCAUCAGAUAAAAUGACACCUCAAGAAAUACUAGAAAUCCAGCAGGCCACUGUGAAAGAGAUCGACAUUCUUCGAAAAGUGUCUGGACAAAAAAACAUAAUUCAACUGAAGGAUUGCUUUGAAUCAAAGGCCUUCUUCUUUUUGGUAUUUGAUCUGAUGAAGAGAGGAGAACUCUUCGAUUACCUCACAGACAAAGUCACCCUAAGUGAGAAAGAGACACGAAAGAUCAUGCGCGCUCUUCUGGAGGUGGUUGAGUAUCUUCAUACCCACAAUAUCGUCCAUCGUGACCUGAAACCAGAAAACAUUCUGUUAGAUGAUGAUGUGAAUAUCAAACUCACUGACUUCGGUUUCUCGAUCCAGAUUGAGCAUGGACAAAGACUGAAUGAAGUUUGUGGAACACCAGGUUACUUGGCUCCAGAAAUCAUUGAGUGCUCCAUGGAUCUCAACCACGCUGGCUAUGGGACUGCUGUUGACCUAUGGAGCACUGGCGUGAUCUUGUACACUCUUCUGGCUGGAUCUCCACCGUUCUGGCACAGGAAACAAAUGCUGAUGCUUCGAAUGAUUCUUGCAGGGAAAUAUGAAUUCAGUUCUCCGGAGUGGGAUGACCGCUCAGACACUGUCAAAGACUUGAUUUCCAGAUUAUUAGUUGUGGACCCGCAACUUCGCUAUACAGCUACAGAAGCCCUCAAUCACCCCUUCUUCCAACAGUACAGGGCCGCAGAAGUUCGUCAUUUCAGCCCUUACAGGAAGUUCAAGGUUAUUUCUAUGACCGUACUUGCCGCCAUGCGCAUCUACUGCAACUACCGGCGUGCCAAACCUGUGACCAAGGAAGUGAUCUGCAGCGACCCGUACGCCAUCAAACCUCUACGCAAAAUGAUUGACGCAUGUGCCUUUAAGAUCUACGGCCACUGGGUGAAGAAAGGGCAAACUCAGAACAGAGCAGCUUUAUUUGAGAACACUCCAAAAGUCAUUCUGCUCUCUAUUGCAGCUGAGGAGAUGGAUGUAGCACACAGGACUUGGUGAGGGUUCAUCAUCUCCAGUUACUACUAGAUACCACAAUUUACCUCAAGACCAUGUUGAUAACGGUCCAAAAAUAGACCUCUAUUGCUAUGACAGCAUAUCAGACCAUAUUAUUUACACAGUGAGAAGGAAACAAGUAAAUUAUCUUCCGGGGCCUUUUAUUUCCUUUUAAAUGCUAAACAAGUCAAACCAAUAAAAAUGUAUGGUAUUAUUUAAUACAAUUGCAUUUUAAUUCCAUUACAUGGUUUCAAUUUUAUAUCUAAAAU